AUGACGACCGCCGAGCAGGCAGAGGUCUUAGAGAAGGCAUCAGAGCAUUGGCACGAGUCUGACAUCGCAGCCAAAUAUUCUCGCGCUGAAAGUGCCACAAGACCUUACGCCGAAAUCAUGGUCCAGAAAGCGGGCAUCGACAAGCUUGAGGGCGAAGCUAACGUUCUCGAUCUCGCAUGCGGUUCUGGAGCCGUUACGGCGGCGAUUUACAAGGCGCUGCCGAAGCAAAAGUGGGACAGUGUGAAGGUUCUCGGUGGUGAUAUCAGUCAGGGGAUGUUGGAUUAUUUGAAGGCGAGAGGGAAGAAGGAGGGCUGGAAGGGGUUGGAGACGAAGAUCGUGGAUGGAACGAACAUACAAUUGGAGAAGAAUAGCUUCACGCAUCUGUUCAUCAAUUUUGGCAUCUUUGUCCUUCCUCCCUCCACCCUCUCAGCCUGCCACUCCCUCCUGCGACCAGGCGGCUUCAUCGCCAUAAGCACUUGGGUCUACUUCCCAUGGUACCCUCUCAUCUCGCACGCCACCUCACAGCUCCCCAACCCGCCCACCAUCCCCACAGAAGCCGAAGUCGACUCCAUGAUCCACGCAGGCCACGCGUGGAACACGUCCGAGUUCGUCGAGCAAGUACUCAAAGAUGCAGGCUUCACGGAUGUGGAAACGGUGAAGGGGAGGAGAAGCAUUGAUUGCGGGACGCCGCAGCAGUUUACGGAUACGAUGUGGAUGCCGUUGCAGUUGUUUGCGGCGGGAUGGGACGAGGGUAAGAAGCAUCAGUUGGUUAAGGAUGUUACUGGAGAGUUGAGGAAGACUGCUGCUGAGCAUGCAGGUGGUGAGGAUAAGCAUUUCUUUAUGGAUUUUGAGGCCAUUGUGGGGACGGGGAGGAAGGCCGAGUGA